CCAGCUUUCAUCGUCUGCUCUGGCUGCCCUAGCCGUCACACUCGUUUCAUGGCACAACUAGUCGCUCCCGCCCCAGGCUCAGAGCGCAUCUCCCAGAUCCUCCCGACAGUCAAGUGUUCGAGCUGCAACGCCCCGGUCCCCAUAUCAGAGCUCGGCGACCAUGUCUGCGCCGCCGUCCCUCCCGUGCCUCAGCUUCCGGCCUUGAAGCCGCCCCAGUCACCCCGCUCCGUGGCAGCACUCCUUCCAACGAAGCUCCAGAAUCUCGUCAACGUACAGAGCCCACCGCGCACAUCCUCUCUGUCCCCUGGUCCUGCACGCCAGAAUAGUCCUGCCCCGCGCGGGAAGAGCCCGGGACCGCCGCCACAAAUGACGGGGCGUGCCCGUGCCCCGUCAUCAGCCUCGUCCUUGAGCGUGCGGAGCGGGGACAGCAGGCCAGAACGCGUCCCAAGUCCGCUCGCGAGGUCCGAGGGGCGACCCAGCACGGAGAAGGUACCGUUCCCCUCCAAUCCUGGUCCGUCGGAGCCUCGUAUGGUCCCCAGCCCGCGUGCAGCUCCUUCGAUAUCUGCUCUCCCCCCGGAUCCGUUCGCGGCGAGCCCCGUCGCGGUCGCACACAACGUCCCCGCCCCCCGAGCGACGUCCUUCCGUGCCCGUGCGCCGUCAAACGCGAGCGUGCGGCCGACCGGGAUGCUGGACGGUGCCCGCCAGCCGGCCCUCUCCAACCCUCCGCGCAUUUCGAUGGAUCCCCGGGGCGGUCCCAUGGCCGGCGCGGUGCCCCCUCCGGACGUGCGGCAGCGGGCUGGCACGAACGUCGGGAUGCGGCCUCCGCCCAGCCAGACCCCGGACAUCAUUUACUCGACGGACAUGCGCUCACGGACGCCUGCGAAUGAUCCGGCGAGGAUCCGCGCCCCGUCUGCUGCGAGCAUGCGUCCUUCCAUGGAACGGGCACGACCCUCGAUGGAUCAAAUGCGGCCGUCGAUGGACCAGAUGCGGAGGCCUUCAGCGGACUCGCAGCGCCCGCCGUUUGUGGGUGCGGGACCCCCGCCGCCCGCUCAGACACCGCCGCUGAUGGCGCCGCCGCGUUCUGUUGGUACGCCCGCUCCGGGGGAGCCUGAUACGAAGAGCGGUGGUGAGGCGGGGAUGGCGGGCGUUGGUCGGCGUGGGUUUGCAGCGGCUGCUCGGGCUGCGAUGUUUACGACGCACAUGGGCCCUGCGCCGGUGGUGGACGCGAACGGGAUGGUCGGGCCUUCGAUGCAGCCGAACCAGGGCAUGGACGGGAGGCGGGCGAACGCGCCUCGUUUCCUGGAUAUCGCGUCCGCGACCCGAUAUGCAGCGAACACGCCACCGCUGUCGCCCGGAUCGGGGACCGCGUCGAUGUCGCCCCACUCGCCGUAUUCGCAGAAGUCGCCGACCCUCGCCGGGCCGCCGGGCGAGCCGCUCUCGCCGGGGUCUCGCAUGUCGCCCAACGUCACUCCUACCACCCCGGCCGCGGGAAUCGCUGCAUCGCCCACGAGCCCAAUCUCCGUCUCCAGCCUGCGGGACCGAGUGCUGUCUCCCCCAGAGGUGCCCGCUAAGGAGGCGCCCGCGACCCCUCGCUUGCCGUUCUUCGACAAGUUCAAGAACAGCUUGCCAGCCGUGGAUACCAACAAGAGCGCGGCCGACAUGGACCCUUCCCCGUCGUCACCAACAGGCUCAGACGACAGUUACGGUGGGCUUGCCUACGCUAAUUCGGACGACGAGGACGAGCCUAUGAAUAUCCCGCUGCGAGCGAGUCCACAACCCAUUCCCCCCUCCAAGCCUGCAGAAUCCACGUCAGCGCCCCCUGCGAGCGGCCUAAAGGUCCGGUUCCCGUCUAUGACAGAGUCCAGGUACUCGUCUUCUUCGUCUUCCUCCUCUGCCACCCGGUCCCCCAUGCAACAGCGUACCCUCUCAUCAUCCACGGGCGCUUCCUCCUAUACCCAGCGGACGGUCUCCAAGUCCACAGGAGCCCUGGACCGCGCCAUGGAGACCCUCUUCGAGGAGAGCCCCGUAUCCCCCACGUCCUCGAGCUCCUCCCGCAUCUUUGCGGACAGCCCGCGAGAUAGCGUGUCCAAGUCGGGCAAGUUCCCGACGCGCUCGCAUACGAGCCCCACGCUACCCUCGAACAGACUCACGCUAGACAAGGCGGACGGGAAGGCGCGGAGCGCGUCGACGGCGAAGCGGCCGCGGACGAGGAGGUGCGUGCGGUGCGAGAAGGCGAUCGAGGACGGGAGGUGGAUCCAGAUGGAGGGCGGGAACGUGCUUUGCGAUAAGUGCUGGAAGAAUAUGUAUCUGCCGAAGUGCAGACGUUGUAAUAAAGUUAUCGAAAAGCAGGCUGUGUCGUCGUCAGACGGCCAGCUUAAGGGGAAGUGGCAUCGUGAAUGCUUCAGCUGCUUCACCUGCCAGAAACCGUUCCCGGAUAGAAGCUUCUACGUAUACGACGGGAAGCCGUAUUGCGCAUACCACUACCACGAAGAGAACAACUCGCUCUGCGCCGCCGCCCGCUGCGGCCAGCCGAUCGAGGGCCCCUGCGCCGUCUCGCACGCGGGGGACCGGUACCACCCCGAACACUUCCUCUGCGAGUACCGCGGCUGCAAGGAGCGCCUGGUCGAGUACUACGAGCUGGAGGGCCGCAUGCUCUGCGAGAGGCACGUCCAGAAGGCGAUCCGCGAGCGCGAAGACGGCAGCGAUGACGAGUACGGGGACGUCUUUGGCGGCGCGGGCAACAGGAACACGAUGGCGAUGAAGCGCGUGACGCGGUUCAUCGAUCUCGACGCGCUGGGGAAGACGCUGUCAUGAAUGUCGGGCGCGAGACAGGCAGGAGGAAGUCGGGGCCGCUGUUGCUGUGGUGGACUGGAUCGACGGCCGGCCGGACGGAGGUGGUUAUCUUUAUGUGCAUGCAUUGCGAACUUCGGGCUCUAGUUGUACAUCUCUCUCUAUCUCUCCAUCUCUCUCUCUCCGACCUCCACCCGCAUUGCUAUCCCUUUUUGAUACCUUCUCCGGCACGCACAUCGCAGAACGGGUGGACAUCAUCGGACCUGAAUUGUAUUUUGACUCCCGAGUCCUUACUACGUACUCUCUUCGGUAGCUUGCGUCCAUCUUCCUCGACCAGCCCCUAUAUCCCCACCUGAAUAUAUCCCCAUCUGACCCCCCAAAGUCUCGCUGUUCGUCACGUAUCUAAUACCUAUUCUGCAUCUAGGACAUACCAGCCUCUCUUAACGCAUCCCCUGAUUUCCUUUCUUCUUGCUCGGCUAUCUCAUCAACGGGUUCUCUUCUCGCCGUUCGUUGUAUGUAACAGACUUUCCUUCCCCUCUCAGAUCCUCAUGCUGCCUCUGUAGCGUAUAUACCACACACUACAGUCGCGCCCAGCUAAUGCAACGAAAU